GUCUGCGAGAGGGUUUAUGAACACGAUCGAUAACUGAAACCCCUUCUUCUCCGCCUGCAUUCCUCCCACUCCCUCAUUUCCCCAAGUAUUCCGCUUCCCGAUUGUGGCGUGUGCACUAUCAUGGAGGACGAGCCCAGCAUCCUCGAAUCCUUGCUCGACGAUGGAGAAGAAGACGUCGAGAUGGUCGACGUCGAAGAGGGCCAACUCUACGAACUAACUACGGAUACUACCGCCCAGGCCUCCGGCGAGGCUAAAAACAAUGGCGGAGGAGAAGGGGAGUCUCCAGACACCGCUAUGAAUCCGAGUAAAAAGAAGAGGAAGAAGAAUAGGAAGAACAAGAAGAAGAAGAAGCAGCCCGGCAGUGGCCCGGCUCCUCCCGUGGAAAUAAAUAGGUUUGUGAUAGAUGCUUGUAGGCGUCUGAAAGAGAAGAAAUCAUACUUGGUCUACUCCGCUGUGGGGACUCUUGGAGUUGAAGCCGUGAGUGAUCUGGUUAGAGAGGUGGAUGCUAUUCAGUCGUGUGGGGGACAGAUGACUGCAGAUGGCAAACGUUCUAGAACAGGUGGUGGGAUAUUAUGGAACAUCUUAAAGUCAAGAGAACCUGCAGCAUACAGAGAAAUAAUGAAGCAAGCAAAGGAGUUUGAGAAGCAAUUAUUUAAGCGACAGAAGAUGAUUAUGCGAUCAGCUAAUGCAGAAAAUGCAGUAGGUCUGUCUAAUGAAACUCCAUUUGCAAUCACCGAGGAUGAUACUACAACAACGUUUGGCGUCCUUGUGCCUGAAAGCCAACUUGUAAAGGACAAUGGUGAGGUGAAGCGCGGUUCUGUUCAUGAUAGGAUUAGAGUACCUGUUUCAUAUGAGGAUUUGAUUCAGGAUGAACCAAAGGAGAGUUGUUCAUAGCUUUUUUUAGCGUGGAUGGUGCAAUUACUUGUUAAAAAGAACAGCUAUAUAUUUUUGGGGGGGCUAUUCUUGCUUUCUGAUGAAUGUCUUUUGUUCUCGUCAUACUCCAAUGGAAUGCAAUCGCUGUGGGAGUUCUGGGUUCAGGUCUUCAGGAUAUUGUGAGGUUUUAUGCUCGUGGGAAGUGCUGCGCCACACUCACCAUUGGAUUAAUACCGUGCCACACAAGGAUCUAAAAGAAGCCUGGACUCGGAUGCAAGACUUGGGAUCUGAAGCCUAAGACAAGGGAAGACCCGUCCCUUCUUCUCUUUACCCCUGUUUGGUUUCUGGAUUAAUCUAUAAUAACCGGUGAUCUAGUUAAUCUAGUUUAGGAUCCAAG